GCGCAAAGAGUGACGCGUUUCACCCGCGACUCUCAACAUGCAGUGGAUUGUAUACAUGAUGCUCAGUGCUCUGCUGCAGACUGAGAGCUAAACAGCUAAACAGCCAAACAGCUAAACAGCCAAACAGCCAGACAUCGUGUCAUAAGUUAAAAGUGCAUUCACUGUCGAGGCAGUAGACGUGGUAGACGUUUAUCAGACCAUAGUUCAUCCCACUGAGGAGGUACAAUGAGAUGAACGAGGCAGUAACGCAGUUGUUCAGGCUUGGCAUUACUCUACCGAAGAAGCCGUCAGAAGCGGAAGCAAAUUCUAGGACAGCUGAGUAAGCGUUGAAAAUCCUGUCAAGGUGUGUGGGUGAGCCGACAGAUACAUCAGGAUCCAACGCGAGUACUCACCUUUCCACUUAAAGUCUACACCGGCUCAGCUGGUAGCAGCUGACCUGAUGUUUCAGCUGGGUUCCAUAUGCAUCCAGCAGCUGAAAGGAUACCCACAACCCCAUGCUCUCAUGUGACCCUCCAUCGUUCACUCUGAUCAGUCUCUCCCAGAUGCACCGAACGCAGAGCCACAAAGCAAAAUGCCUCAAGAGAAAAAAGCGAUUCCUGUCUUCAGUCAAGGGAGUUUCUCAUCUCUCCAGGCGUGCCAAGAGACGCUUGUGUUGUAAAAUACAGCUUUGGAUGUGGAGGAAACGGAGGGAGAAAUGCCGUUUUGGGUUAUUCAGAGUAAAGAAAAGAGCUUGUGGGAUCAGCUCCAGCCCCUGCCUCAGCUUAGAGACACAAUCACAGAACAAUAAAGUCCCAACAUACCACACAUCACACCUAGAAAAUUCAGUCAGAACAACAGCUCUUGUGUCACCUCUCAGAUGUGAUAAUGGAGAUUCAGAAGACACGCUCAGUGGGCAGAAUUGUCUGCUGAAGCUGUGUGAAUCUGUCAUUGUGUCAGAAACGUUCACUGCUUCCAGUUCCUUGGCGAACCUGGUUAUGGACACAAAUUUUUCUGCGGGUAACAUCAGUCAAACCGUGCUAGCAGCGAUGGUGCCGUCUCAGAAAACUGAAACUUUGGUACAGCUCAGUGAACAUACCCACCAUUUAAAACGUUCUCACACUGUCAAACCCCUGUUGAGUACAGAGAGCGAUGCAUGUGGGUUAACUACACAUUUUAAAGAACCAAGGACAAUGGUACCAGCUCAAAGGCUCGAGGCUGACGGCCCAUCAGGACAAUUCACUACUGUCACUCCAGGUCAGGACCAGGCUACAAACAGAGACACUGAUGAGAGAAUCACUAGUAAAAAGACUUCUCAAACUGAUGUCAGCCUUCUAACAAAGGACAUCCACGAAUUUCUUGAUGACUGCUACAGAAUAUAUGGAAGUUUCAUCCCAUUACAAAAGAGAGACGUGUUGAGACAUCUGGAGAGCAAGUUUAACACAGAUUUCAGCGACAGAAAAAAGGUCAUCUUCUCAGAAGUUACCAAAUACCGAACUGUGGUGGUUCAGAAGCCUGUUCCCUCCUUCCAGGUGGUCUACAAGAAACACACACUGACACUGGAUGACUUGUCCACACUGGCAGAUCAGAACUGGCUCAACGACCAGGUCAUGAACAUGUAUGGAGAAUUAAUUAUGGAGUCUGCCCACCACAAGGUCCAUUUUCUCAACAGCUUCUUCCACAAACAGCUCAUGACCAGAGGAUAUGAUGGUGUUAAGAGAUGGACGAAGCAGGUGGAUUUGUUUUCUAAGAGUUUACUUUUGGUGCCCAUCCACCUGGAGGUUCACUGGUGUUUGGUGACAGCUGACAUAGUCAAGAAGAAGAUCUGCCUUUACGACUCUCAAGGGAACGCACUCCAGAAGGUUGCAAGGAACAUCCUGAAAUACUUGAUGACGGAAGCAAAAGAGAAGAAGCAAACAGAUUUUUUAAGUGGAUGGGUCGUGUCAUUCAAUGAGAUAAUCCCACAACAGACCAAUGAAAAUGACUGUGGAGUUUUUGUCUUGGAGUAUUCUAGAUGCCUUGCUCUGUCAAAUCCUCUGCAAUUUUCACAGAAGGACAUACCAAAGAUACGCAAGAGGAUCUACAAAGAGCUCUGUGACUGUAAGCUCCAUGAUCAGUGCUGACGACUAUCUUACAGUUGUAUGUAUGUAUUGCUGAUAUUAUGUGCUGUUUCUGAUUAGGGUAGGAAAUCACCAGUCCACACUUGUCUCUUUUUAGGCCCUCAUUAGCAGCUCUACAACAGCCUUAAGGCCCUGACACACCAAGCCGACGGUUGGCUAUCGGACAGUUUGGGGCAGUCGGUGAGCGUCUUGUCAAUCUAGUUUUUGCGGUGUGUCCCACAGCGUCGGCUCUAGUCUGCCCGUGUCGGAGGCUUUUCGGACAAUUUACCAUGUUGAAUCAGCGGCGGAGCUCGUCACUGAGAGAAAUCACCCUGAUUGGCAGUUCAGCUUAAGCGAAUCAGUGCACGAGAAGAGAGUUAACGUACGUGCUAACUGACCGUCGGCUUUAGACUUUACAGUGUGUUCAAAUGCUACCGGUCAGCCAAGACAAAGGCGACGUGAGGAGACGCAACAGUCGGCUUUUAUCGUCGCUAGUUCUUCGAUGUCUGCUUGGUGUGCCUGGGCCUUUGCAGCACUGUGAGUGCCAUGGCUGGCCCCCGUAGGAGUGUCUUAUAUCAGGUGCACUGUCGCUAAAUCAUAAUCCUUGGAUGAUUACUGUAUUUAUAUGAUCAAUAUUUAAUCAGGCAUGUUAUUUAAGAAAGAGAUCCAUAUGUUCCUGUUCGGGAUGUUAAUUUGGAAUUUCUUUUGUAACCGAUAUCCGUCCCUUGUUUACCGACUAUCAACCGUUAACCGACAAGAUUAGUGCGUUUCAUGCAGGUGUCGCGCAAAACAGACAACUGAGUCCCCAGUUCACCCGUCCGGGAGAGUUACUGUAGCAGCCACGACGCUGCGUUUAUUGUCGUGGACACAUGCAGCCACUUUCCCACAUCUACAGUGCACCAACAGAGCCUUACCGAAUGGACUGCCUGUCAAAAUGGAUCUAAUCUGUCAGGGUCCUCGUCUGUGUUUAAGUGUGUUACUUAUUUUCUGAUAUCUGUACACCUUAUUUGCACAUUUAAUAAGUCAAAUUUUGCUUCCAUUGACAUUUGUUUGCAUCAUAGUUUACCUGUUAGCACCAGAUGACUGAAUAGAAGCUACCGGUAUGUGUAUUUUGUUUGUAAAGAAAGUUAGGUUGUCACACUGGAAUCAGUGUCCAAAGUAUUAUUAUUUUGUUUGUCUGCAAAAUAGAAAUAUGUUUAUAAAGUUUUAAAUAAAAGCAGAAUGUUUCCAAACAUUU